AUGAGCUCUUCAGCUGUUGCUCUAGUUUUAUCUCUUUCCUUGUUCGCAUUAUCCAAAGGGUUAACUGAAGAGGCUGAGAAGGAAUUUGCCUCUGGUUUGCUUAACGUAUUGGACAUGGAACAGGCGCCUAAUAUAUCCAACCAUCGCCAUGACAUUCCUCGAUACGUCUUGAAUCUUUACAGAGGCAAGCUCCCAAAACUGUCUGACGUCGGCAGAGAUGCUUCGUUAGGCAGCACUACAAGAAUAUACUUUCCACAAGGUAACACUGCCGGAUAUUGCAAAUCCUUUAAAGCGUUUAAGGCAUUAAAUAGAUUGUAAUGAUCCACAUGAGGUGCCAACAAUUCUAUUUCUUGAUAAUAUGUGUUAGCAGGUAUAAUGUGUUUGUUUGCAUUCAUGAUUGAUUUUAAACAGAUCUUGGCAAGAGCGAAAGGAGAGUUAUCCUUUGGUUUAAAUUAUCCUGGGGUGGUGUAAGAAGGUCCCACAGAGUACGAAAGGCUGAGUUACAUCUUCAAGUGCAUUCGGCAGGUUUAGGAACAGUUAAGGUCAGCAUUCCUCGCAAGGGGCGGUCUUUGAAGCUAGGAGUUACUGCAGCCACGAAAUACUAUACCACAACAGUGUCUCCAGGUGUUCAUAAAUUAACCCAAGGCAGAUGGCUGGUAAUAAAUCUCACUAAAGCUUUGCCUGUUAAGGUCAGGAAAGACAUAAAAGAUUUACAAGUUAUAAUUACGACCACUCAUCUGCUUAGAAUUGCUACAAAAGGGAAAAGAGAACCGUUCCUUGUUGUUUUGACGGAUUCGAUUGAAUCAUCAAGUAAGUUUCAUCAAAUUCUGCCAAUGAUGAUAAGUCAACGUGAUGAAGAAAACACAACUGGCAACUUUGACACAACACAGAUGCAGGUAAACAUUAGAAGAACAAAGCGCUCGGACAUCAACUUCUGUCAAAAACGUCGAUUAUCUGUCCGAUUCCGCGACCUGAAAUGGGAUGAUUGGAUCAUCGCUCCAACACGAUUUGGAUUCCACUACUGUGACGGUCAUUGUCCACGAACUCUGAGCCAGCAAUCAAACCCGACUAAUCACGCAAUUCUACAGAACAUUCUGCACCAUCGGCUCAGUAAGAAGAUCCCUGCGGCCACAUGUGUUCCAACUGAACUGCACUCCAUAAGCCUGCUCUACUAUGAAAAAGAUGACUCGAUCGUCCUGAAGGACGUGCCUGGUAUGGUGGCAUCUAACUGCGGCUGUCGUUAA